AACUACAUAACCUACAAUUUAUGAUCUGUCAAAAAUUUGUUUAUUAGCUUUAUUGUUUUUUUUUUUAAUAUGAAGAAGUAAAAAAAUGCAGAAUAAAGCUGAUCUUUCGAAAGCAGUUCACUCAAAAAAUAUAGACGAAGUAUUGGAAAAAGUGACAGAGAUCGAUUAUCGCUGUUCCUUUGAUAAAUGCAAAAAUCGUACACAUAAUUUUGCCAUAGACUGUAAGUUUUGCAAAGGCCGUUUUUGUACCAGCCAUGGGUUGCCAGAAAUUCAUGGAUGUGGUGAAGCAGUGAAGAAAGAUGAAAGGAAAAAGAUGUUGCACCCAGAAGUAAAAUUGUCCAAGGAGAAACAUUCUCAAGCUCAAACAAAGUUGAACAUGAAGUUGAAGCAAAUGCAAUUGGAAAGAAAACCUAAGGGGCCAAAGAAAAAGUAAAUUCUUGCUUGGUCUACUGUAUUUUACAGUUUAAAAAAUAAAGUUACUUUUGUAAAUGUCUAGUUUUUAAGUGUAAUUUACCUAAUUUUGUAAAAUGUGUAUAUUAUAUAGCUACUUAUUAAAUACAGUAUCAAGUCUCAAAA